UCAUAGUUCUUGUUCAAUCAAGCCGUUCAUUCUUCUUGACCCAUUACAGUGAACCUCACUCCUACACUCAGUUAGGUUCAAACAUGUUACAAAUGUUAUCAAAUCACAAAGAUUUCCCGUAUAAUUUCAAAAUUUGCAUACCACAAAUGCCAUGUUUAACAAAGUUGAGGACUCCCAGUGAUAUUAACCUUUAUUUUUAUUAUAUUUAUAUCUCUGAUCCAUCCCUCGGACCGUCGCACGUCUCUUCUCUGCCCUUUUCAUCUCUCCUCAUUUUUCUUUGUUUAAGGCAGCCAGGGUUUUUCACUCUUUUCUGUUGACUGCUCUCUCCCUCUCGCGCUGCUGUCCCAUUUCUUGACACUCUUUUUUUUUGGGUUUACGCAAUUGUUUUUCUGAGUUUCGUUUUCACGGGGAUUUUGCUUAGCCAGUCCCCUCCAUAAAAACCCCAAUCGGAUCCGCAACUCUUCUCCGCAUCUCCAAAAAGAUCUCCCUCCCGCCCGACCCACCCAUUUUUCUCUCUCUCGAGUCGCUGCGUACGCGCAAUCUCCACUCUUUCACUCUCCCUUCUGACUGCCACCAUGAUGAACGGCGGCGCGGCCGACACCCCUCGGGCCUUUGUGAAGGAAGUGAAGCGAAUCGUCAUCAAAGUUGGGACUGCUGUUGUCACCAGAGGUGAUGGGAGAUUGGCGCUUGGGAGGCUAGGAGCUCUAUGUGAGCAGAUUAAAGAGCUGAAUUACCAGCAAUAUGAAGUCAUUGUUGUCACCUCUGGUGCUGUUGGCCUUGGCCGCCAAAGGCUCAAAUACCGGAAGCUAGUCAAUAGCAGUUUUGCUGAUCUCCAAAAGCCACAAGUUGAUCUCGAUGGGAAAGCUUGUGCUGCUGUCGGGCAAAAUUGUAUCAUGGCCCUUUAUGACACAUUGUUUAGUCAGCUGGAUGUGACAUCUGCUCAACUUCUCGUCACUGAUUCAGACUUUAGGGAUAAAGAUUUCAGGAAGCAACUUAAGCAUACUCUAGAGUCACUGCUAUCGCUGAGGGUUGUUCCCAUAAUCAAUGAAAAUGAUGCAGUUAGUACAAGGCGAGCUCCAUAUGAGGAUUCUUCUGGUAUAUUUUGGGAUAAUGACAGCUUGGCCGCUUUGUUGGCACUAGAGCUAAAAGCUGAUCUUCUUGUUCUGCUGAGUGAUGUGGAGGGUCUUUACAGUGGUCCACCUAGUGACCCAGAGUCAAAGUUGAUUCGCACUUACAUUGAGAGAGUUCAUCUGGGUGGAAUCACAUUUGGGGACAAAUCCAGGGUGGGCAGAGGGGGCAUGACAGCCAAAGUAAAAGCUGCUGUAAUGGCUGCCAAAGCAGGUGUCCCUGUCAUUAUAACCAGCGGAUUUGAUCCCGAGAGCAUAGUUAAAGUCCUGCAAGGAGAUGAUGUUGGCACCCUCUUUCAUCGGGAUGCUCAUUUGUGGGUCAAAACCAAAGAAGCUGGUGCACGUGACAUGGCAGUUGCAGCAAGGGAAUGUUCAAGAAGGCUGCAGGCACUAUCUUCAGAAGAUAGGAAAAAGAUUUUGCUGGACAUAGCAAAUGCCCUGGAAGCCAAUGAAAAAGUAAUCAAGGUUGAAAAUGAUGCAGAUGUUGCUGCUGCUGAGCAGGCUGGAAUGGAGAAGGCCUUGAUUGCACGUCUGGCUCUAAAGCCUGGCAAGAUUACAAGUCUUGCAAAAUCAAUACGUGUCCUUGCGAGCAUGGUAGAUCCAGUUGGUCACGUUUUAAAGACCACCGAGCUUGCAGAUGGUCUUGUCUUAGAGAAGACAUCAUCUCCUCUAGGGGUUCUCCUGAUUGUUUUUGAGGCUCGGCCUGAUGCACUAGUGCAGAUUGCUUCAUUGGCGAUCCGCAGUGGAAAUGGUCUCCUACUGAAAGGGGGAAAGGAGGCCAGGCGAUCAAAUGCAAUUUUGCACAAGGUAAUCACUGAUGCCAUUCCAGACAAUGUUGGGAGAAGGCUUAUUGGACUGGUGACCUCAAGAGAUGAAAUUCCUGACCUACUUAAGCUCGAUGAUGUAAUCGAUCUUGUGAUUCCUAGGGGCAGCAAUAAACUGGUUUCGAGUAUCAAAGCAUCAACCAAAAUCCCUGUUCUGGGUCAUGCAGAUGGAGUCUGUCAUGUAUAUGUUGACAAGUCUGCUAAUAUGCAAAUGGCCAAACGUGUCAUAGUGGAUGCAAAAGUGGAUUAUCCAGCAGCCUGUAAUGCAAUGGAAACACUUCUAGUGCAUAAGGAUUUAGUGUCUUCUGGUGGCCUGAAUGAGCUAGUACUUGAACUUCGGAAUGAAGGUGUGGUUCUACAUGGCGGGCCAAGGGCGAGCGAGGAGCUGAGCAUCCCUGAGCCAGCAUCGUUACAUCAUGAGUACAGUUCCCUUGCAUGCACUGUUGAGAUCGUUGAUGAUGUGCAUGCUGCCAUCGAUCACAUACAUCGACAUGGAAGUGCCCAUACUGAUUGCAUCAUAUCAGAAGACCUUCAAGUUGCAGAGACCUUUUUGCGACAAGUUGACAGUGCUGCUGUUUUCCACAAUGCCAGCACAAGGUUCUCUGAUGGAGCUCGAUUUGGACUUGGAGCAGAGGUCGGAAUCAGUACGAGUAGAAUCCAUGCUCGAGGCCCUGUUGGCGUCGAAGGAUUGUUAACGACCCGAUGGCUACUGAGAGGGAGUGGACAAAUAGUGGAUGGUGAUAAGGCAAUAACCUACACCCACAAGGAUUUAACAUCUGUAUAGAUUUCCAAGCAUCAUCACCAGAGGAAGAAGAUUAGUCACUUGCAUGCCAUCUUAGCUGCGGUUUUAAUAAAUCAAAUCAUCAUUAUUAGGGGGAGUGUUUAUUAUCAUUAUUAGGGUAUCCUGUAAUCUCUGCCAUGACCUUAUGUUACUGAAUAAGUUCUCCAUUCUCUAUUAAGCUUUUAUUGUUGGUGGUGUUGGAGUUUCUUAUAAUUAUGACGAAAGAUUUUAGUUCUGUGGGGGGCCUCUUCCGAUCCAUGACCAGUAGUAGCCUGGGCAGAUUUGGGAACGUGGAGUUUGGGAUCUUAUGAGUUUCUCUUUUGGCCUUCAUGCUAGUAGUUAGGAAGGCUCAUUGUAAUGCAACUCUACAAGAGGAGUUUAUGUCCUUAAGUAACAUUUCCUGCCGUUGUCACUUUUUUAAGCAAUAGGCUUUGUUUGUUUGGGGCUGAUAUUCGAAACCGUAUGUGUAUGAUUUUGAUAUUCUACUCUAUUCUUAUAUGGUUAUAACAUGGAUAAAAACCCGAACUAUUUUGGAUAGGAGAAUGAAUAUGCACUGUUUGACCCCAAUCUGGCCCAUUGUCGUCUCUAGUUUAUUCUCUCACAUAAAAAUUCGUCAUUCAAUCAAUCAUUUUCUAAUGCAAUUUCGUCACUCAAUUAAACUAAAGUUUGUACCGUUUUGUUUUGCUUACAGUUGUACCAAGAGAAAGGGUUAAUGGCUCCUCAAUGUUUAUGGGUUGCUAAUCAGUGUACCCUUAAAUUAUGAGCUUAGUGGCCUUCCAGCGACGCAAAUUGAAAAAUAUACAAGAGAUAAUCAAACACAGUAUCUAUCUAAGAAGAUAUACAUAAAAACAUAAUCAACCUAAGCGUUGUCACUGCGGGUCCCUUCUAAUAUCUGAAAUAGAAAAUAAAUGUAAAUUAAUACCAAUUAAAAACAAGAGAUAAGAGACAAUUGCAAUAACAAUUAGUGGCAGAGAUUGAGGGUUUUACGUAACAAUAAAUUAAAUUGCUUUGAUAUUGCUAGACAAUGAAAUGGUUACUUAACUAUUUAAUUAUGUUCAGCGAAUCCAUCACAUGACAAAUGAUGCAAGUAACAGGUAAUCUCUUUCAAUGUAUUUCAAUUAGAGAUUCCUAUUAUGAAUAGUCACCAUCAUUACCAAUAUUGUCUCGAGUACUUUUACUCUCAACUCCAGCACAACCUCUAUAGUAUUAUUGAACACAACAACGGAAGAACAAAACAAUCAACGAUGACAUAACAACCUCUUCACAAUCAUUUUGUUAAUCAUAAUUAAUUUAUCCACAAUCGAUUUUGUCAUUCAUGCACCCUCUAUGGAGAAAAAGCCAAUGACUUCAGAACUGUAUUUGUCCAAUCUUAUCAUAAUUGAUUGUUGAUAUUGCAAGUUGUAAGCACUAUAAUAUUAAUUCUCUCUAUAGAUAAAAUCCAAAUAUAACAGUAAAAUCUAAUAUACCUCAAUAACCCAAAUUGUUGGAAGAAAUCUAAAAAAUAUAUUUUAGAAAUGCAUAACUUCGAUUAGGAUAAAAAUAAAAAUUUGGAAUGCUACUACCUUAGAUUUCACAAUGUAGUACGUGUUCAGUGUCCACCAAAAGGAAGAAGAAAAAAACACCAACACCAUCCUGCUUGCAGUUCAUGAUGGGAUUCCUACCUGCAUUCGUACGGAUUGCCAAGUGCUUUCUCUUGCUCUCAAUCAGAACUCCUCGACAUGGCCAUGGCAUUGUCGAGCUACCAUUGCUCAAAUGUCUCUCCUUCUUCGGUCUGCUUUUUGGAUCCGAAUUGAGUUCGUUCCCCGACAGCUUAACCGACUUGCAGAUUGAGUUGCUCGCCAAGCUAGAGAAGCUUCGUUACCUUUGAAAUGGAUCUUAAUUGUUAAUAUCAUUGCACCAUUGUUGUAACGAACAUUUGGGUUCUUUUCGGAUGGAAUAUAAGGAUACUCUGACA